AUGCUGCACCCUGGAAAUGCCGGGUUGAAAUGGAUCAGAAUCCUUCGUAUCCAGUUCACUCCUCAGCAUGCCGACCUCUCUGAAGCUGAUACUUCGCGUGUUCAAACCAUCGUUCGGAUGCUCAUUGACUUCUUACCCAUAAACAUUCUCGACGACUUUGAGUGGUCUCCUUGGCUUGCCUUUGAUCAAGAGACUUUUCUCAUCCUUCUUGAUCGCCAGAGGCGACUGCAGUGGCUUACUGCCUUCAGACUCGAUGGAGCAGAUGCUGUUGAGAAGCUCGAAGCUAGGGCUAGUGCAGGCGAAGAUGCGUAUCUUUACAACAACUGCCAGAAGCUUGCCAUCUAUCCUGACUCCGUGUCAACCCUGGAACUUGGUCAAUUCCUGCUCUCCAAAAUGUCAACUCUGACAGAACUGAUCGUGCACACCAACUUUUCACAUGGCCCAAUCCAUUACACCACGAGAGAGCUCAACGACACACCUACAGGACCAGGACUGGUAAACAGGCUUAUGUUUCGUCAUCUCCUUCCAUUUGACAAGAUUACCAACCCACCCUUUGCCCAUCUCCGAACUCUACGUCUGGUAGAUGUUGGUCUUCGACACUGUGCAGAAACAUAUGGCCGCCUCAUCGACUUUACCCAAAUCGAAGCAUUACGUGUCGUCAGAUGCUCCGGAGCAGACGCAUUGUUUUCGUUGCUUUGCAAGAGUGCCUACCUUCCUCGCAAGCUGCGUUGUUUGGAAAUUCAGCACAACGACAACUUAGACAACGAUGCUCUGACGGCCGUGGACGACUUCUUGUGUCUUGUCGAGGGGAUUGAAGACCUCUAUAUCGAUCUGACGAACGUCAAGUCCAUGCCUAACGUCGAUGGAAUCAUCAAGCAUGGCAAGACUUUGGACGUGCUCCUCGUGCACGCUUCAGAAGCCUCAACCGACGAGCUUGUCUGGGUCAGCGACGACUUUCAGCGCCUCUGCUCAAGCGUGACCAAAUUGCGUCAACUCAGCUGUGCCUGGCCAGCUUCUAGUAUCCUGAGGGCUAGCAGUCCUUCCUGGGAUUCGUACCAGUUCAGUAUCAGCUCACUUACCCGUAUCGUGACCUUGCAUAUCAGCACAUUUCCCAGUUGCAAAGCCAAUCUGGAGAAACCUAUAUACACCGAGUUGCUUCGUUGGCAAUCAAGUAAACUGUUCCUUCACACACCCUUCACAACUUCCAGCCUCAAACUCGUCGCUUUUGGCGUUUCAGACAAAAUCCCUACUCGCCAAGACAGCAACAAUCAGCUCAUCUUCCUCCGCUCCACGCUAAUCAACGCUGAUGGNAAAGAAGAACCUACAGCAGUGCCGGUCAGUUGGGCUCUUAGACAGUACAUCGAGNNCCCAGAAGCGAUGUCCUGGACUUCGAGCUUACUAGACGACCAAAGAUGCCCAUCAGAGACUAUGCAAGCUACAUGGACGAGGAUGACGAUGAUGACAUGGUAUGAAACCCACGGAGGAGACGAUCAGAAUGUUACUGACAAUCUUGCUGGAGACGAUUCCGAUCAUUACUAA